CAAACAAGCCCUAAAACAAAAUGAAAAAUACGAAAAUGGUAUGAUCUGAUGGCAGUGCCCGAUACACGGACACCCCCAAUCUGUACGUAACCCUAACCCUAAACCCUCUCCCUCUUCCCUCCCUCCGUCACUAUCAGUGAGUCCGGCGCCAGCCAUCCUUAUUCUGCGCGGCAGAACUUCAUUUCCCGCGAAGAUCUUCGUUCCCAGCCGGCUCCCCUGCCUCCUCCCUCGCUCCCCUCACGAAUCCGAGCGGUUCUUCUUACACAGUUCAAAGGCUAGACUUGCAAUAGAUUCCGAGAUGGACCUCUCGAAUAAUCAGUAUGAUGAGGUAGGGGUUGAUAAUGAGCAAGAUAACAAUGAAACUAUUGAAGAACCUAAGGUUGGAAUGACAUUUUCAUCUGCAGAAGAAGUUUGGUCUUACUAUAUGAAGUAUGGUAAGCAGAAGGGGUUUGGGGUAUGUAAAAGGAAUUCUAAACAGGGAGAUGAUGGGAAUGUCAGAUGGUUUACCUUAGUAUGUGCGCGACAAGGCACAUCAAAGAGUAAGGCUGCCAAUGUUCUCAAGCCAAGGCAAACAGAGAAGAUAGGGUGUAUGGCUAGGAUUAAUGCGACACUGAAUGAUGAAGGUGGAUAUACCCUAUCUAAAGUAAACUUAGAUCACACACAUGUUUGUAGUCCGGAAAAGGCAAGACAUUUCAGAUGCUUUAAGAAGGUUGAUGCUCGAGUGUCUAAGAGAUUUAAAACAAAUGAUGAGGCAGGAAUACGAAUGAAAAAAACCUUCAAGUCUCUAGUUGUUGAAGCCGGGGGGUACAAGAAUGUGCCAUUUGUGGAGGAGUGUCGAAACUAUAUUGACAAAGAACGACAACUUCGCCUCGGGAUUGGAGGUGUUGAAGCUCUAUGUAACUACUUUCAACAAAUGCAAAAAAAAAAUUCAGAUUUUUACUAUGAAAUGGACGUGGAUGAUGAUCUGAGGUUAAAGAAUGUGUUUUGGGCAGAUGCCCGAAGUAGAGCAGCGUAUCAAUCAUUUAGGGAUGUGAUUACAUUUGACACAACAUACCUGACUAAUGCCUACAAUAUGCCUUUUGCACCGUUUGUGGGUGUGAACCAUCAUGGCCAGCCAAUGUUAUUUGGGUGUGGAUUGAUAUCCAAUGAGGACACACGCACUUUUGAGUGGUUGUUUGAGUCAUGGUUGAACUGUAUGAAUGACCAACCACCAAAUGCAAUCAUUACAGACCAAGACAAGGCAAUACAACUUGCAAUUUCGAGAGUGUUUCCAACGUCUAGGCAUCGCUUUUGCUUGUGGCACAUAAUGAAAAAGUUUCCUAAGAAAUUUGGAUCACAUUCUCGAUAUGAAGAGAUCAAGAGUACUCUACAGAAGUGCGUGUAUGACUCUUUUAGUGAGCAGGAGUUUGAAGAAUGUUGGUGCGAUUUGCUCAAUACCUAUGAUCUUCAUGAGAAUGCAUGGUUGGGAUCACUAUAUAGUGAUAGGCGUUUUUGGGUGCCGACCUACGUUAGAGACACAUUUUGGGCUGGAAUGUCAAUUGCACAACGGAGUGAAGGCAUUAAUGCAUUUUUCGAUAAUUACGUUAACUCCAAGACCACUCUGAAACAAUUUAUUGAUCAGUAUGAUUCAGCCCUUAGGAGAAAGGUAGAGAAUGAGGCUAUUGCUGACUUCAAUUCAUUUAACGCUGAGAUUCCAUGCAUCAGUCACUAUCCUCUUGAGAAGCAAUUUCAAAAAGCAUACACAAUUGCCAAAUUUAAAGAAGUGCAAGACGAAUUGCGAGGAUUCUUAUAUUUGACUACAUCGCUUUUGGAAUGCGAGGGUGGAAAAUAUACGUACAUAGUUGCCGAUGAGGUUCAAGUGAGUGAUGAAUUAAUAAAACGUGCAAACUACAUUGUCAAACUAGAUGAAGAUCUCCUAGAGGUUAAUUGCAGUUGCAAGUUGUUUGAGUUUCGGGGCAUAUUAUGUAGACACGCUCUUCGUAUCCUGACUCAAUUAGGCAAGAGUACAGUACCAUCAAAAUACAUUUUGGAUCGGUGGAGGAAGGAUAUAAAACGAAAAUACAACUUUGUCAAAAGUAGUUAUGAGGCAACUAGCAAUCCCGAGGGACAAAGAUACGAUAGAAUUCAAAAUUGCUUCUAUGAAUUGUGUUCGAAUGCUGCAAAGACCGAGAGUAGUUGUGUGAAAUUAAUUAGUCAGCUAGAGCAGUUGAAGCUAGAGUUCCAUUGAUGGAGAUGACUAUGUUUUGGCAGAGAUUGCUAUGUUUUGGUGGAGAUUGAUGUGGACAUCAUGCUUGGAGCAGCUAGUUCCAUUAAUGCAAUAUUUUGGUGAUGUUUGUGUUUUAGUAGUUGAAAUUGAUGAUAGGCGUUGUUGGAAAGACAAUGAAUGCUUUUGUAAAUAAUUUUUGUUAAAGGUGUUUGUACAUGAUAACACUAGCAUGAGUCAUUUUUAUGACGCUUUUUCUGGAGAAUGGAUGACGUUUUUUU